AUGCCCUGGCAGGCUGCGGCCUGCGACCCCGAGGCGACCAACCACUUCGUCGCCGCCUUUGAAGGUGCCGGGCCCUCCCAGCUCUUUCAGCCGCUGGCGCAAUGGCUGGGCCUGUCAGGCCUCUUGGCCUUGACCUUCGUGUUUGCCACGGCCGUGCAGCAGUUUGCCUUCAGCGCGAUGACACACCCGGACAGGGCCGCAGCCCUCGCGGCGGACGUGGCGGGCCUCCACGGCCUGGCCACCUACUUCGACGAGCGCGCCGGGAGCGGACCCGGUGGGACGAGCGGAAAGGCGAUCUUAGUCGUUUUGUUCAAAGUGCUGGCAGAGAAUUUGCCCCAGCUCUUUUUGCAAACGGCAUUUUUAAGCGCCGCCUUCACCCGCUUCGACGGGUGGGGGCGGCUCAAGAUCAUGAUCUCUUUGGGCUUGGGACUGAUCAGCGCGACUCUCAAACUGUCCCAGUUUGCCAUGGCAGGGAUCUCGAUCAUGUGGCAAAGACCGGUGGACCGAGGAUUUGCCUUGUUCGUCCUUUUGGUCGUUCCAUUGCCAGGAUUCCUCAUGGUGGCGUGGGUGGUGGCCCGCAUCAUCAUGGCCCACAAGUGCCCCAGUCACCAGUGGAACCUGGCCACUGGAUGUGUAUGA